AUGGCCCUCUCCUCCUCCCCUUGGUUUCUCUUCUCUUGGCAAAAGGACGGCGGGCGUUCAACUCGGCACGGCGAGCCAUGGGUGACACCUUCCUUCCUCUCCAAAGCAAGGGAAGGGAAGGGAAGGAGAGGGGAGGCCCCAGAUCGAGGAGCAGAGCGAUGCCCAGAUCCGCAGCGGCACCUGCACCGGCGCGUCGUCGUCCAAGUGGUCCUCGAGGAAGGCCAUGGAUGGAUGGAACGAUCGAUGGAUGGGGGCGGAACCCUAGCCCCACACCCACCCAUGGAUGAUGACGGCGGUGGCCAUCUCUUGGUCGGGUGGGGAGCGAAGCUUGCGGUGGCCCUCGACGCCCGCGACGGGCUGCAGCACCUAGACUUCAAAGGCCAUCACAAUGGAAAUGGAAGGAUGAGCACCAUGGCGGGCGUGCAGGUUCAGGCACGGUUUACACAAACACGUCCUGUUUCAAUGGCUCAAACUGUUGGUCCUCCCAUGGCAAUGUUCCCUGCUGGUGUUCAUGGAGUUAGUCAGCAACUUUUUUAUGACUUGUUUCACCGCAACCCCCACAAAAGGAGCAGCCUGGUGAGGAGGGAAAGCAUCACCAAUACAUAUAUUCCUCGUGAUCUUCACUAUGCGUGA